AUGGGGGUCACCUUCCUCCAGGCCAACCUCAACCACUCCGCUAGGGCGCAGGAUCUCCUCCUGCAAUCCAUGGCGGAGUGGGAUUUGGAUGUCGCGGUGGUCGCGGAGCCGUACGCGGUUCCCUCCCUGCCUCACUGGGCGGGGGAUCUGGAUGGCCUCGUGGCCAUCGUGGCUAGGCCUGGUGCCGCCCCUCCCCUCGCGAUUAAGAAGAGAGGGAACGGCUUUGUGGUGGCGGUUCGGGGAGAGUACGCCAUAAUUGGUGUUUACUUCUCCCCGAACCGGGAUUUGCCGGCCCUGGAGCGGUUCUUGGAUGCCCUGGGGCCGGAAAUAAGGCGGUUAGCGCCCCUAAAGGUCUUCGUGGCCGGUGACUUCAACGCCAAAUCAACGGCGUGGGGGAACCCGGCCACGGAGCCCAAGGGGCGAAAGGUGGAAGAGUGGGCGCUGGCCGCGGGGCUGUCUCUCCUAAACAGGGGGACAGCCCACACGUGCGUGCGACGGACGGGCGGAUCGGUGGUGGACUUGACGUUCGCCACCCCCUCCGCCGCGCGCUCCGUGUCGGACUGGAGGGUGGAAGGGGGGGUGGAGACACUCUCGGACCACUUGUAUAUUCGGUUCGAGGUGUCGGCCGCCCCCCAAUGUCAGGCGGCA